AGGGAUGGGAGGCCAAGGGCACGGCAGAGAGUUUGCCGGCACUGCUGUGCUGUUGACGCUGGUCAUUAUGGGUCUUUCUCUAGGAUCAUAUGCAUCAGGCCUCACCUGCGGCAAACAGAGGCUAAUUACCCGGGUGGCGGGCGGCGUGAACGCCCAGAGAGGGGAGUGGGCGUGGCAAGUGAGCCUCCAGCACCGUGGGCGGCAUAUUUGCGGGGGAAGCGUCAUCAGCCAUAGGUGGAUCCUGACGGCCGCUCACUGCUUCCCUGAGGUGGGACACCCAAUAGUCCCCCAGGACUGGAAGGUGAUUCUGGGCCGCCUCAAACUGACAGGCGACCCGGUCAAGGGGGAGGAGCGUGAUGUGGCGGAGAUCAUCCUCCACGAGAGCUACGUCAACUACAAGAAAGGCCACGACAUCGCCCUGGUGCGCCUGUCGCUCCCCGUGUGGUUCAAGCGGGAUAUCUCGCCCAUCUGCCUGCCGCGCGCCGAUCACCAGUUCGCCUUUGGGACCCAGUGUUGGGUGACCGGCUGGGGUGACAUUGGCACAAACAAUUCUCUGUCGGACCCCAUGCACCUCCAGGAGAUGGCCCUGGACCUGCUGUCGAGAGAUACCUGCAACUGCAUUUACAGCAACCUGCGAGACAGGACGAUCGUCUCUCCCGCCAUGCCGGGCAUGGUUUGUGCCGUGACGCCCGACCGCAGGAGGGGGCCCUGCAAGGGGGAUUCAGGAGGCCCGCUGGUUUGCUUGGAGGACAACCGAUGGUUCCAGGCAGGCAUCAUGAGUUUCUCCAUGGACUGUGAACGUUUAAACGGGCCCAUCAUCCUGACGGAGACCAAGGCUUACGCGGACUGGAUCCAGCACCACGUCCGUAAGGCCGCCUUUGCUAACCAGACAGAGCCCCGGCCCAGGACAACGGACAAGUACCUGUGUACAGGCUGUGGAACACUGAAACGAGACAAGCCUGGCUUGGGUGUAGAGGGACUCUGGCCAUGGUACGUGAGCCUGCAGUACGAGGGGAAACACACCUGCGGGGGCACCUUGAUCUCAGAAGACUGGAUUGUGACGGCUGCGCAGUGCUUCAUUGGGCGCCAGGAACCAGAGAGGUGGGUGGUGCUGCUGGGUGAGAAAGAGGUUGGGUUAAAACGUGAGUGGCUAGAGAGGAGGGCGCUCCAGGAUAUCGUCCUUCACGGUGCCUACUUCAACGCGACAGAAGGUUACGACAUUGCUGUGGCCAAGCUGGAUCGCCCCGUGAAGUUCAACGACCAUAUCUGGGCCAUCUGCAACCCGUAUAAAACCCACAAGUUCCCACUUGGCUCUACCUGCUGGACACGGGGACGGACAAUCGAUGGGACUGGCACACCGAGUCCUCUAGGGGGUGUGGAGGUGAAAAUCCUUGGCCCCAGAUCGUGCAACUGCCGCUACAACUUGACCAGUGACCAUGGGCAUGAGAUCCCCAUCGGCUCCCAGAUGCUGUGUGCCGUGCCCCAUAAAAGCACCAUGCAUUGCGAGGAGACCAUCGGGGAACCCCUGAUGUGCAACGAGAAGGGCACCUGGUUUCUGGCGGGUAUCUCCAGCUUCGGCAAGGGCUGCGGGACUGUGGUGCGUCCGGGGGUUUACACGGCAGUCAGCGCCUACCAGGACUGGAUCAUGGAACUGGUGUGGUCGGCUUACUAUGACGUCCAAAAGCCUCCCAUUCCAGCUGCGAGGGAUGACGACCGCUGCCUGACCAUUAAGCCUCGAGGCGCGGGGAACAGAUAGCAAGACGUGCAAAGGCGGAACUGGCGGCCAAGGACUCGGUGGAAUCAAAAUCCUGCUUCCCACCCCCCCACCCCGCCAUUCUGCCUCCCACUGAAAGGGCCUUCGAGAGCCACUGGAAAUCUCCUGCCUGUGCCGGACACUGGGGGAGGUGCCAUCUGUGGCUUCCAGCUCAAUUCCUCACAAUUUCAAGAGCAAUUCGGAGGGCCCCGCCUGCAUUAAUGGGGGUGAAGCUAUCAGGCCUAACUGCCACAUCUGCCAAAACGACACCAGGAGCCCUUCCUAUGCCAAGCACAGCGGGGGGAGGUUAUUUUCUCUCCCUCCCUCCCACUUUACAGAUAGAAAGACCGAGGCUGGUCUGGUGCUCAGCCAGGGAGGAUGGUUGUGGGGCAAGUAUCUCAGCCUACUCCACAGGCUUGUUGCGGGGGGGGGGAGAAAUGGUACUAUUAGCCACUGACAGUAACGUGACACUGCUGCCGCAUCUGCCGGCCAUCGUGGGAGAAUCAGAUCCGAUGAAUCGCCUUGCCCAGAGCUGACCUGAACUGGCUUAACAUUGAUGUUAGGACUGAACGGCUCUGUAGGAGUCAACUCAGCUUGUAUUCUGCAAACACGAGCACUUGUUUCAGCUGCUAUUGGAAAUCCCACCCCCCAAAUGCUUCUGGUGUGUCCAGAGGCAGAAUAUCCACAGACCAGACCUUUCAUCCCAUCUGCAGCUCUGUGCUGGAGGACAGAGCAAACCAAUGCCCCAUAUUUCAUGAGUGUGAAUGUGCCGUCAAGUCACGACCAGUGUUCCCUCUAAGCUGAGUUACUGUGAGGUAGCUCGCAGUUUU